AUGUCCAAGAAAGGGCGAAAUAAGGGCGAGAAGCCCGAGGCGCUCAUCGUCGCCCUUCAAGCUGCCAAUGAAGACCUCAGGACCAAGCUCACAGACAUCCAGAUAGAGCUGCACCAAGAGAAGUCCAAGGUAUCGAAGCUGGAAAGAGAGAAGACGCAAGAAGUGAAGCGGAUCCGCGAGCUGGAGCAGCGCAAGCACACCGUCCUGGUGACCGAGCUCAAAGCCAAGCUCCACGAGGAGAAGAUGAAGGAGCUGCAGGCCGUGAGGGAGAACCUCAUCAAGCAGCACGAGCAGGAGAUGGCCAGGACAGUGAAGGUGCGGGACGGGGAGAUCCAGAGGCUCAAGUCGGCGCUGUGCGCUCUCCGGGACGGCAGCAGCGACAAAGUAAGGACAGCGCUCACCCUGGAGGCCCGGGAGGAGGCCCGGAAACUGUUCGAUGCGGAGCGCGUGAAGCUCCUGCAGGAGAUUGCGGACCUGAAAACGGCCAAGAAGCAGGUGGACGAGGCUUUAAGCAACAUGAUCCAAGCGGAUAAAAUCAAGGCCGGGGACCUGAGGAGUGAGCAUCAGUCCCACCAGGAAGCCAUCUCCAAGAUCAAGUGGGAGUCCGAGCGGGAUAUCCGGAGGCUGAUGGAUGAAAUCAAAGCCAAGGACAGGAUCAUCUUUUCCCUGGAAAAGGAACUGGAGACUCAAACAGGCUACGUACAGAAACUCCAACUGCAGAAGGAGGCUUUGGAUGAGCAACUCUUUCUGGUCAAGGAAGCUGAGUGUAACAUGAGCAGCCCGAAACGAGAAAUCCCAGGGAGAGCAGGAGAUGGCUCCGAGCACUGCAGCAGCCCUGAUUUGCGGAGAAAUCAAAAGAGAAUGGCUGAAUUGAAUGCCACUAUAAGAAAAUUAGAAGACAGGAAUACCUUGCUUGGAGAUGAACGAAAUGAAUUGUUAAAGCGCGUGCGGGAAACCGAAAAACAGUGUAAACCUCUCCUGGAAAGGAACAAGUGCCUCGCCAAGAGAAACGAUGAGCUGAUGCUGUCUCUGCAACGCAUGGAGGAGAAGCUGAAAGCCGUUACCAAGGAAAAUUCCGAAAUGAGAGAAAAAAUAACAACCCAUCCACCCUUGAAAAAAUUAAAAUCUCUGAAUGACCUCGAUCAAGCUAAUGAAGAACAAGAGACAGAGUUUCUCAAACUUCAGGUCAUUGAGCAACAGAACAUUAUUGAUGAGCUCACCAGGGACCGAGAAAAGCUCAUCCGCAGAAGAAAGCAUAGAAGAAGUUCCAAGCCAAUUAAGAGGCCUGUUUUGGACCCAUUUAUUGGUUAUGACGAUGACUCCAUGGACUCAGAGACAUCAUCCAUGGCCUCAUUCCGAACAGACCGAACACCAGCUACUCCCGAUGAUGACUUAGAUGAAAGUUUAGCAGCUGAAGAAUCUGAGCUACGAUUUCGACAACUAACAAAAGAGUACCAGGCCCUCCAAAGAGCGUAUGCCCUCCUGCAGGAGCAGACUGGAGGCAUCAUCGAUGCUGAAAGGGAGGCCAAGGCUCAAGAACAGCUCCAAGCAGAGGUGCUAAGGUAUAAAGCCAAAAUUGAAGAUCUGGAAGCGACCCUGGCUCAGAAAGGGCAGGAUUCACACUGGGUAGAAGAUAAACAACUUUUCAUUAAGAGAAACCAGGAGCUUUUAGAAAAGAUAGAAAAGCAGGAGGCAGAAAAUCACCGGUUACAACAGGAACUGCAGGAUGCCAGAGACCAGAAUGAACUGCUGGAGUUUCGAAACCUAGAGCUAGAAGAAAGAGAGAGACGGUCCCCUCCAUUUAAUCUACAAAUUCACCCAUUCUCAGAUGGUGUGAGUGCUCUCCAGAUCUACUGUAUGAAAGAAGGUGUCAAGGAUGUGAACAUCCCUGAUCUCAUAAAGCAGCUUGAUAUCUUGGGUGACAAUGGGAAUUUAAGAAAUGAAGAACAAGUGGCCAUAAUUCAGGCCAGCACUGUGCUGUCCCUGGCAGAGAAGUGGAUCCAGCAAAUCGAAGGAGCAGAAGCUGCCCUGCACCAGAAAAUGAUGGAAUUGGAGAGUGACAUGGAACAAUUCUGCAAAAUCAAAGGCUAUCUGGAGGAAGAACUAGACUACAGAAAACAAGCUCUGGACCAAGCAUAUAUGAGAAUCCAGGAACUAGAAGCUACUUUGUACAAUGCUCUGCAGCAAGAAACUGUUAUCAAGUUCGGUGAACUGCUGAGUGAGAAACAGCAAGAGGAGCUGAGGACUGCGGUAGAGAAGCUACGGCGGCAGAUGCUGAGGAAGAGCCGAGAAUAUGACUGUCAGAUCCUUCAGGAGAGAAUGGAGCUCUUGCAGCAAGCCCACCAGAGAAUCCGUGACUUAGAAGAUAAAACAGACAUCCAGAAAAGACAGAUAAAGGACUUAGAGGAAAAGUUUCUGUUUCUAUUCUUGUUCUUCUCUCUUGCCUUUAUUCUAUGGCCUUGA